AUGGUUUUUCUCCCUGUGGGCCCUCGCAAGGCCCGUCGACGCUCAUUUGUGGUGCUCGUGCUACUCGUUUUGAUCUUCUUCGCUCAAUUAUCGGUGGCUCAACGCACCAGUGAUGAUCGGGACCGAGCGACCACGACGGUCGACGAUGCGACAACCACCGACGCUGCGACCACUACCAAUGCUGCGACCAGUACGAGCGAUGAAUCUACCACCACCCGCUCGCGAACUAGGGAAUCAUCAGCGACGACGACGACCGACUCCGAAUCGACAUCCACCGAAUCUGCGAGCAGUUCUUCGUCAUCAUCGACGAGCAACCACCCCGUAGUGACGGUACCGCCAACAAGCGAUGCUCCCUAUAUGCAAAAGUCCGACACUCCUGAAGGCACCGUGUUCAUUGCCGUCGGAGCAGCCUUGGGAUUUAUUGGCCUUUCCGUUCUCGCCUGGCGUGGGCUUGUCGCAUGGUCUGUGAACCGAUCCGUCCGUCAGGCUGCGAUCGCACAUUCGUCUGAAACAAAGGGACUGCUUCACCAUAAGCGGAAGAAGCGAUCAAGCCAUGCGCAUGGAGCUCCGCCCGCCGUAUCGCUCGAGAAGAUGAGCGGGAAACAUCGUUCAAGCCACUCCCACCGCCGGCCAUCCAAAGGUCCCAGCUCCAACAGCGGAUUGUUCUUUUCGCCCACUGCCGGAAUGCACAGUGGCGGGAAUAGAGGCUCAAGCUAUCUUCCCGCCGGAUACUAUGCUGCCGGAAACGCUGCCGCUGGCGGCGUUGGCGGCUCGACUACUCGUUUCUCAACGUCCGACCUGUCGGGCCUGGGUCCGCAGUCUCAGGGUUAUUCUCAAACUAGAUCAGGCCCAAGCCCACCGGGAACACCGCCUGCAAGCGGUGCGUAUGACCCUCAUCAUCAUCCCGGCAGGCAGUCGUAUGUCGGCGCCUCUACUAGCAGUGUGAACCUCUCCUCUCCUCACCCAGGAAGAACACCAAGUGCAUACUUAGAAGACCUAUUCGAGAACCACCCUCCUCAAAGACGGCCCUAG